AUGAGAAAUUUGAGUCGGGGCCACAUAGAAGAGUUUGUCUUGGUGGGCUUCCCUGCUUCUCCACCUCUCCAGCUGCUUCUCUUUAUCUUCUUUUUUGCAAUUUAUAUUCUGACAUUGUUGGAGAAUGUACUCAUCAUUUUCACAAUCUGGCUCACUCCAAGCCUUCAUCACCCCAUGUAUUUUUUCCUUGGUCAUCUCUCCUUCCUUGAGCUAUGGUACAUCAAUGUCACCAUUCCCCAGCUCUUGGGAGCCUUUCUUACCCAGGAAGGUAGAAUCUCUUAUAUAGGAUGCAUGACCCAACUCUACUUCUUUAUUGCAUUAGCCUGCACUGAAUGUGUCCUGUUGGCAGUUAUGGCCUAUGACCGCUACCUGGCCAUCUGUGAACCCCUACGUUACCCUAGUCUUAUGCCUCCCAGCCUGGCUACUCGCCUUGCUGCUGCCUCUUGGGGCAGUGGUUUCUUUAGCUCCAUGAUGAAGCUUCUUUUCAUUUCCCGACUCUCCUUCUGUGGGCCCAACAUCCUCAAUCACUUUUUUUGUGAUAUCUCCCCACUACUCAACCUCACCUGCUCUGACAAGGAGCAAGCAGAGCUAGUAGACUUCCUCCUGGCCCUGGUGAUGAUUCUACUUCCUCUCUUGGCUGUGGUUUCAUCCUAUGCUGCCAUCAGUGCAGCCAUCUUGAGGAUUCCUACUGCCCAGGGACGCCACAAAGCCUUCUCCACUUGUGCCUCUCACCUGGUAGUAGUUGUUAUCUACUAC